AUGUCUCGUUGCCCGCUUCAACAGCUACGCGCAUUGUUGCAGUAUAUCCCCUCUUGGAAGCCUCUUCGACACUUUGCACGGCCUCUUGCUUUCCUCCGACUCCUUUGGCAAUGUUAUAUGAAAAAAGGCGCAGACCGAAGCCUGCCGCCUGACACGAAAAGGGACAAGGGCAUCAGUGAACAUUCCCCUUUUGCACUUGCGAGCGACGCAAACGACGUGCUCGGCAGUCUUCCUGCGUUCGUCACUGCAGGCAACGAACCUGCUGCGUACCCCUCGAUGCAGGGUCAACGUAUUGGGUCUCCGAGUCAUGUACUCUCCGACAGCGCUUCACCUGGGGGUCGAACGCUGUCUGAUCUAAACGCGGACUCAAGGGAGAGUGUUCGGGGAACUGGUCCAUACCCGUUCACUGUUCAGGAAGACUCCAUCGUGACCUCAACGAAUUCGUCGAUCCGAUGCAACCUCGUGCACGGCGACCACUCGCCCACUACCUUGCCUGCUGGCCGAUUGCUGCAUGAGAGACGAAGUCAGAAGACGUACCCUAUAGUUGUAACAGACAGAUACAAAACGGCGAAGGAUUGGGAACAAAGGGAGCUCGCGUAUAAAGUUGAGCCCGUGAAGAUGUCCUACAAAUUGGCUGAGCCUCCAGGUGAUUGGGAAGCACAUACCCACCCGAAAGGCGCUUUGUACUUUUUCAAUCGAUCUCGUAGAAUAUAUACAGAAGCAUGGAUCUAUGACCCGGCGAUACUAGAGGAGAUCGAGGAUUUCGCACAUCGGCUGGACGAAGAAGUGCAGAAGAAUAACUUCGUAUUGCCACCCAAUGCAGAGCUUGUGCUCGAGCUGGAAGAUGUUCCGGAAGAAGCACAUGUUGCAGGUCUCGCCAUUGAUGUCACCCAUUACUGGACAUAUUACUAUGUAAACCAUGCCGAGAGGGUACUCUUUUGGUUGACAGAAUACGAUCUCGAAGACGACGUACAGCAAGUCAGACACAUACAAUCGGAUUUUCAUCUCACUAUUGGUACCGAUGUUGAUAUGCUCGGUAGGAAACAUAUGGAGCACUUCCCGGUAGGGCAAACAAUCACGGAAGCUUUGAGGACUGAGGUACUGUGCAUUCUCAUGUAUGCCAAUGUCGACCAAAUCCUAUCAGAGUCAUCGACCGUUUCCAUGAAGCCCGACGAAAUGCUGUAUCUCACGAAGAUGCUUGAAAUAUCGAAAGAGCUCGGCAGCAAUGACUAUAUUGCUUGUGUUAUAGGACGUCUGAUGCAUAACGUUGUUCAUAAUAGGUACAACUUCUCGUUCGGACAGAGGGCCGCACGGCUAGACCGCUUCCAGCCCAUAUUCGACCACGACAUCGGGGAGCGGUCUUCUUCAUUUGCCUUUAUCUCUUUGAUCCUCUUUCGCGUACCCGAUGCAUACCUUCAAAUGAUCGAGACAGUAUGGAUCGAUGGGGAAAUCCAGGAGCUGGCCUGGGCCAAAUGUGUUGCCAAAUUGGAAAGGGACUGGCAAGACGUGGUGGUCACUGCCACCGUGUUGCUCAACGCUAACAUAUCAUUCUUGACCAUCAACGAUGUUGACUCAGGCGCUGGUUCUCGAAUACCAUCACAGCUUGCGAGCUACAUAUCCACCAUCGCCAGCAUUUCUGCGACAAUGAUAGCAUUGCUGCUCGUCCGCCAGUAUCAUAUGGGCUCCACAGACACGGCGAUGGAUGCUACAAUUCACCUGUAUAAGCACCCACGGCUAAGGCUUGAGAUGUUGAGCCUCGUGCACAGUUUACCAUAUGUGUUGCUCAUGUGGGCAGUCCUCGCCUUCCUUCUCGCCUUUGCAUUCGAGAAUUUCCGCAUCCUCGACAUCCCGACUCUCGUUGUGGCGACGACGGCAUGGGGCCUGGCAGUCGCCCUCGUCGCCCUGUCUCUGCACACCAUGUGGCAAGGCGGUGGGUUCUCACUCCGCCAAAAGAUGCGAGAAUUGUACCAGCAAGUGUACGACAAAUCCCAGCUUCGGAUGCGCGAGUUUGUGCAGAAGAAGCAGCACGCCAACCGAGACCAAGACACGGUGCCAUCGACGUCCAGCAACUUCGCAAUCCCAACGGCAAUCGAACUGCAGAGCGUAUGA